UGUUUAUUGUUCGACCAUUGUUUUUCCAUUUCGCGAGAGGAUAUGAAGAACAAGUGAAGCCACGACUUUUUUUUAGCAGAAACAAAGUCUUGGUCUUCCCCUUGCUCUGCUCGAUCCUACCUACGCUAGCGCACACUGCGUCUCACGCUCGCGAGCGAACUAGCCCAAGAGGAGAGCAAUGGCGCCGUCCAAGAAGGUGCUGAUGCUGUGCGGCGACUACAUGGAGGACUACGAGGCGGCCGUGCCCUUCUACGCGCUGGCCGGCCUCGGCGUCGCCGUCCACUGCGCGGCCCCGGGCAAGGCCCCCGGCGACCCAUGCCUCACCGCCGUCCACGACUUCCUCGGGUACGAGCUCUACACGGAGCUCCCCGGCCACCGCUUCCGGGUCACCGCAGACUUCGCCGCGGCGGCGGCCGACCCGUCCUCCUACGACGCCCUCCUCGUCCCCGGCGGCCGCUUCGUGGAGCAGCUCAGCGUCGACGCCGACGCGGUCGCCCUCGUCAGGGCGUUCGCGGGCGAGCUGCGCCGGCCGGUCGUGCUGACCUGCCACAGCCAGGUCCUGCUCGCCGCCGCGGGCGCCAUGGGCGGCGUCCGGUGCACGGCGUUCUUUAGCCUGCGGCCCGUGGUGGAGCUGGCCGGCGGGACCUGGGUCGACCCCGAUCCCUUCAGCCUCUGCGUCGCCGAUGGCCACGUCCUGACCGCCAUCGGGUGGCCCGCGCACGGGGAGAUCAUCGCGCAGCUCCUGCGCGCCUUGGGCGGCCGAGUCCUCGGCGGGCGCGGCCAGGGCGUCCUCUUCCUCUGCGCCGACUACGUGGACGACUACGAGGCGAACGUGCCCUUCCGCGCGCUGGCCGGCGUGGGCUGCCGCGUGGAGGCGGCGUGCCCGACGAAGCGCAAGGGCGAGCCGUGCGUCACGGCGAUCUACGAAGACGUCACCGGCGCGGCCCCCGGCGCGGUGAGCGGCGAGAAGCGCGGGCAUAACUUCGUGAUGACCGUCGACUGGGCCGACAUCGACGUCGACGACUACGAGUGCGUGGUCGUGCCCGGCGGCCGGUCGCCGGAGCUGCUGGUGACGAACGAGAAGGCGGUGGCGCUGGUGGGGAAGUUCGCGGCCGAGGGGAAGGUGGUCGCCAGCAUCGACCAGGGGCACCUGGUCCUCGCCGCGUCCGGGCUCCUCAAGGGCAAGCGGUGCGCCAGCGGAGUCCCCAUGAGGGUGAUCUCCAACCUCGCCGGCGCGGCGGCCGUGGAGCCCGAAGGGGCGGUCGCCGACGGGAAGCUCGUGACGGCGGCGAGCUGGCCCGACCUUGCCGAGUUCAUAGCUCACCUCGUGGAUCUCUUGGGCAUCACCGUCUCGUUCUGAAGAAGAUGCAACUGCAAUGCAUCUCUCCGUGAUCUGUAAUAACUUUGUGAACAGAACGCUGAACACUGUCACACUCUGCAGAAACUCUAACCUUGGAGUUCAGAGAUUGCCAUAUGUUUCCAGUUCUCUGUUUCUCUUCCUGUAUAGUGCCACAAACUGGUAUUUUGAUUUGGAGUGGAAUCUUUUUUGUUGGUUGGAA